CCGGCCUAUAAGAGCCCGCGGCGCCGUCGCCCUGCGUCGGCGUGUCCUGCGGCGUCUCCCGUCCUCGUCCGCCCGGCGCCCGCGAUCAUGGCGACCAAGGCCGUGUGCGUGCUGAGGGGCGACGGCCCGGUGCGCGGCACCAUCCACUUCGAGCUGCAGGGAAACGGGAAGGUCAAGGUCUCGGGCUCCAUCAGAGAGCUGACGGAGGGCGAGCACGGCUUCCAUGUCCACCAGUUUGGAGACAACACACAAGGCUGUACCAGUGCAGGUCCUCACUUUAACCCCCUGUCCAAGACCCACGGCGGGCCGCAGGACGAAGAGAGGCAUGUCGGGGACCUGGGCAACGUGACGGCAGGCCCGGACGGUGUGGCCAACGUGCUCAUUGAGGACUCUGUGAUCGCGCUCUCGGGAGACCAUUCCAUCAUUGGCCGCACACUAGUGGUCCAUGAGAAGCGAGAUGACCUGGGCAAAGGUGGGAAUGACGAAAGCAAGAAGACGGGCAACGCCGGGAGCCGCCUGGCCUGCGGGGUGAUCGGCAUCACCCAGUGAACGUCCCCUGGGCGUGUCUGCGGCCUCAGAACGCCUGUUGUCUCCUAGUUGUAGAAGUUUCACUGAUAAACAUUAAACACUAACCUUCAAAGUGUAA